AUGCAUACACAAACAUGCACACACAUACACGCACACACACACACGCUCUCUCUCUCGCUCACGCACACACUCACACACAACCGCAUGCAUUACACAUUUCCUUGCUUACCUUUUUGGUCUCGUUGUUCUGAUAUCAUUGCGUGUCGACAUGAGCAGCACGGACAAGACAGUGCUUGCAUCUGCCGGGUUCCACGGCGAUGUGCUCACACUUGUCAAGCGCAUUGGCGUGCGCAUGCAAAACUACGAGUACCAGCACCGCAAGCCCAUGUCCACCCCAGCUUGUGCCCAGAUGCUGGCCACCAUGCUGUACGGCAAGCGCUUCUUCCCGUACUACACAUACAACAUCCUCGCAGGACUCGACGCAGACGGCAAGGGCUGCGUGUUCAGCUAUGAUCCCGUUGGCUCGUAUGAGCGCGAGCACUACCGCGCCGCCGGCACCGCCUCUGCCCUCCUUCAGCCCUUCCUCGACAACCAGGCACGUGCCCUUGCACGUAUUCCAGAUUACAUUGGCCGCAAGAACCAGCAGGGCGUCGUCUUUGAGCCCAUCAGCAAGGAGCGCGCCAUGACCAUCAUCAAGGACGUCUUCACCUCCGCGGCAGAACGCGACAUCUACACAGGCGAUGCUGUUGACAUUCGCAUUGUGACCAAGGACGGCCUUGAGGAGCACCGCUUCCCGCUCCGCUGCGACUAA